AUGGAAUCGACAUAUAAUAAUCUUUAAACCAUGAAGCUUGAGUCAAGCGAAGGAUAUUUAAGCAACCUUUUUAAAGGAUCUAAAGUUUAUGAGUAUGAUACAAGAAUAGAUGAAUACAAUUGGUAUGCUUUGUUCUUCAUUCAAUUGGCAUUUUACUUUGUAUUGUAAGCAUUUGCUAGAAAGUUUGCUCCUCCUCCAGGCGAUAUUAAAGUAUUUAAGGAGAAGAAAAAGAUGAACGACUAUCAUUUCUAUUAUUUCCAAUAUACAACAUUUGUACAUGCCAUGUUAGGCUGCAUUGCUGGUAAUUACUUCAUUUUAGUUUUAUUACAUAUAGAUCCAUUAAUUUUAUACUACGGUGGCUACAGAUAUGAUCAGCCAAAUCAUUUGUACCACAUGAUCUUGAUGGUUCAUUCCUUCGCUUAUUUUACUUAUGAUUCCAUUAUUGAGAUCUACUACGGUACUGAUGAUUUCCUUACUAAUUCUCAUCACGUAGUAGUACUUCUUGCCUCCUUCACUCACGUUAUAAAUCGUUAUGGAGGGUUUGAAUAUAUUGGUAACUCCAUUAAAUUCUUCCUUAAUACACAUUUAGUUUUGCAUUUAACUGCUGAGAUCUCAAAUCCCUUUUUAAUCUUAAGAACUGUAUUAAAGAUUUCUGGAAUGAAAGAAACAACACUUUAUGCCGUAAAUGAUGUGAUCUUCGCAACUACUUUCUUAUUUUUAAGAAUGAUUGUGACUCCAUGCAUAUUAGUUUACAUGCUAGAGGGACACAACAUUUUAGUGGCUGACAAGGUAGGCACAGCCUUUAUUCUAUUUAUUCAACUAUUUUGGUGCUACCGAAUCAUUUAUUUGAUUUUGGAAAAAAUUAGAGAAAGUUCCAAAGACAAAUCAGGGACCUACAAUGAGCCCCAAUUAGUCAAAGUAUUAUUCAGCAUUUUCAAAAGCCUCUGCUAUGACAGGAAGGCACUUAUACUAAUUAGCAUUACUUAGUUUGUGCUGAUUAUAGCCAUACCUUACUACUUUUAUUAAGACUCAAUUUUCAACAAUUACUGA